GCCUUUCCUAUGUUCACCGCAUUGCUCCUUUACGGUAUCGUUCUUCACUAACUUAUAUAUAGCUUGGAUACUACCACUCCCUGCUUUGAACUAUGCCAUCCGCCCAAUACGCCCCUUUACCUAACCCGCGCUCGGUACCCGAUGCUGAGCGUGAGAUGCACGAAGCGUUCCAGCUGGAUGACGAUGAAGAGGAAGACGACCAUCAGUCAGAGUCUACACCUUUAGUGCAGAGUACGAUGCCUCGUUCGCUCGAACGAGGACUGCUGCCGCUGUCCGUAGCGACGCCAGCGGCAUACGACUUCGAGCGUGACUACGACUACGACCUUCCUCCACCGGGGUCUCCUCCCGACCCAUCCGUUGCGUACCAGAAUGCUAUCGGUAACUCUAAUGGAGUAUUACCAAGCUCUCCUAUUCGGCCCAGCUUCAGUCGGCCCUCGUUCUUCAAGCGGAUGGCGGGUGCUUUGUUGCCUCAACACUAUCAGCGAUUACCAAUAGAUGCAGCAUCGCAGAGAGCUGUUGGCGGAGGCAUGGAUAAUGAUGGCGUCUUUGCGAAUGUGAUGGCGAAACCGAGUAGGGCUGUCCAAGUUCGCAAUGACGAUGGUAGCAUCUACAUGGUCCCAGAGGAGGCUCAAAACCAGGCCCCGCCGUCGUACAAUGAAGCUCAGGCGGAUGCUGUCCCGCCCUAUUGGGAGACCACCAUCACCUCGAGCCUGGAUCCUAAUGCCGACAUGAUAGUCGACGACCUGCCGACCGGAGCCUGGUACCUCUUCUUCGCCAAUGCCUUCAUCUCCUACUUCUUUCAAUUCAUCGGAUUCCUCUUCACAUAUCUACUACACACAACUCACGCUGCAAAAUACGGCUCACGCGUCGGUCUGGGUCUCACGCUCAUUCAAUUCGGUUUCCAAUCGCGGCGACGGGCAGCUGAGGAACUCGCCACCGAAGUCACACCUGCGCCCGCAUGGGCAAACGUAACGGUGGCUUCGGAUGCGCAUGCCUCGUUUUCGUCCGUCGCGUAUCAAAAUGGUACUGUUGUGGAGGUGCCGUUAGAUGCAGACAUUACCUCCCGGGAUUGGGUGGCAUUUUUGCUCAUGACCCUGGGUUGGUUCCUCUUACUGUCAUCUUUCGCUGGUUACUUCCGGGUGAAGCGAUGGGAACGCUCGAUACGUUCCUCCGCACCACCACCUACAACACAACCAGAUAGUGCCGCGAACACCCAUCAUCCUCUGUUGGGGUGGCUCAAUGUUGGAGCAGAUGAUCUUCACACUGAGGACCAGGGAGAGCCACAUAUGAUGAACGAGUCAGAGGCGAGGUUGGCGCGGGACUUGAGGACAGCCGGACUCAUUUAAUUAAAUUCAUGUGAACGGUAUCUGACUAUCUACUGAGCCACUCUUUGGAUACCAGGAGAUUUAGUAACUAAAGUUCUUCGCUUUUCAUGUAGACAUGCAUGUAAUUGUACGCACUUAGGUCUUCCGCUGUGUAUUCAUUCGCCCUUUCUCUUUUUAAUUAUU